AUGCUCCCCACCCGCGUCAUGUCAGCAGCAGUCAGCUCAUCCCUGCGACCAUGGAGGUUUGCCCCGCUUCGGCCUGAUGCAAGUAAUGAAGGCAACAAGGCCACUUUGAAGGGUGUUGUGUUUGAUGUCGACGGGACAUUAUGUCUACCGCAAAACUAUAUGUUCCAAGAGAUGCGCUCCGCGCUCGGGAUUGAUAAAUCCGUUGAUAUCAUUGGGCAUAUCCGCAGCCUGCCAACACAAGAAGAUCGCACCGCAGCUAUCACAAGAAUUAGGAACAUCGAACGGGAAGCUAUGGUCAAGCAAGUUCCUCAGCCUGGUCUUCUAGAAUUGAUGGAUUAUCUGCAGUCAAAGGCAUUGAAGCGGGCGUUAUGUACCCGGAAUUUCGAAACACCCGUAAACCACCUUCUAACAACGCACCUCCCAACACAUGAGUUUCUCCCAAUCAUAACCCGCGAUACACCAGACAUCCUCCCAAAGCCAGAUCCGGCAGGGAUUUUACAUAUAGCCAAAGAAUGGGGCACUAAACCAGAAGAUUUGAUCAUGGUCGGUGACAGCCUUGACGACAUGACAGCAGGCCACCUAGCAGGCGCUGCCACGAUCCUGUUACUAAAUGAUCAUAAUCGAGCCUUGAAGGAGCAUGAACAUACGCAUAUGUGGGUUAAGCGCCUAGACGACAUAAUUUCCAUCUUGGAGGAUGGCGUCGCGGAUCCUGCAGAGAAUCCCAAAGAUGAUGAUGAUGAUGAGUGGGUCAAUGAGCAGUGAUAAACGUGUGGUUAUAGAUGCGAUAUUUAUAUUUUUAGAUUAGAGAUAAUAAUCCCUGGAUAUAAUUUUGUGAUAUAUUAUUUAUAUCCUUAUUUCUAGUGAUAUUAUUACUUAGGUAUAUACAUAUUCCCUAGUAUUCGAACACAAAACCCGGAUGGUUGUUGUCCACUAGGUACCCCAACAGAAGGAAAUAGAAUGGGCAUCUAAUCUAUGUAAACACGCCACGGCACAUUCAGCAAAACGUCAAGACAGUAUUUAUAUCCUUCGAGGUAGUUUUCAGGGUCUAUGGUGGUCCCACUCUUUCUGAGCCGCGCUGGGCCUAGGUCGGUUUGUUUCCCGAUUUAAACCCCCUUUGGCUCCUCUGCUACGACCUCGGGGACCACCACCACCGCCAUUGCCGCCUUUGCCCCUAGGUUGCCGACUACUUGCCCCGUUACUUUUAUGGAUUGGAGGUCGGGUAGGCGACAAAGAGCGUUGGCGGGUAUUAUUACCGAAAUAUUGGUCUCGUUCUCUAUAUCCGCGGUGAUAAUCGCUGGGAUUAUGGGGCGCGUUUCCUGGACCUUGAGGGCGACGUGUAUCAUCAUCAAGAUUCCUACCACGUCCAAUUCCACUGCUAAAGCGAAUGCGUCUAUGUGGGGGUGAACGGUUUAUCCUUGGGUUCCAACUAUCUGGUCGCCCGAAACCUCCAUCACUCUCGACAGAUGAUGAUCGGGCGCUCGCACGGCCUCUGAUCCUGUAAUCAGGGUUAUUCUGAUUACUAUUUCCCUUGCCAGAAAUAGCAACAGGGAAAGUGUUCAGGUUGGAAGUCAUUGCAGGGUCAAAAUGUUUAAGGCUGAAGGAUGAG